CAAUUUCCAAGCCACCAAGCAAGCCAAGCGCAACUCCGCACCGCGGUGUGCCCGACCACGUCGGGGCAGCCCCAAUCAAGACAGGCACCCGCCCCCCGGCGCCCGUCCACGUUUCAGGAGAAGUGGUGGACCGUAGGGACACUUAUCCAGCCACCCCAGAUUAGUGAAGGGAGAGCCAUGUUCCUCACGAAAUGCGCCGCCUGCGCCGCCGACUGCACGACAGUAAAAGCGUGCAGCAGGUGCCAGACGGUCUACUGUUCGGUACAAUGCCAGAAGACGCACUGGGAGAGCGGCCACGACAAGCUCUGCAAAAUGAUCAAGAAAAAAGGCGGCGCCGAGCAGCUCUAUGCUGAUAAACAAUAUAAAGCAUCAAUCAAGCUAGCCGUAGAAAAAUGCGCAAAGGACGCCCGGUCGCAAGCUCUACUUAACGCGGCCAAGCAGUUAGGUGAUUUAUCCUUUUGUGACAUGGAAGAGAGGAAGCGCUUCCUGGAGUUAAGUGCGGAGGACGCCGAGAUCGAGGAAGACGAGGUCACUUGUUAUAUUUGUUUGGAUUCAAUACAUAGUGAGACGAAGGAAGGAGUAGUGAGGGGCUGCGGCUGCAAGGGAUCGCAAGGCCAUGCCCAUGUCACGUGCUUAGCGAAACAAGCGCAAUUAUCCGUCGAGGAGGGCGAAACUAUGAAUGCCGACGACAUGUCUGCAAGGUGGAGCAAGUGGACUCGGUGUGGGAUAUGCGAGCAGAACUACCGUAGUCUUGUAUCAUGCGCUCUAGGAUGGGCCUGCUGGCGGACCUACGUCCAAAGACCCAUGGAGGCGCCGGCGAAGCGCGCGGCUCUCACAACAUUAGGAUCUGGACUGAUGGACGGCGACCGGGCUGGAGAAGCGCUGACCGUUUUUCAAGCGCAAUUAAAACAUGCCUACAAGGAACAGGACGAGGAGUCGAUCACGGCGGCCAAGGGGAACUGCGCCAUGUGCCUGUCCAACUUGGGGCGAGACGCCGAGGCGGUCGUGAUUAAUCGGGAGUUGUACGCGCAGAUACGAAAAGCGAGCGGUCUCGAGGACAUCGAUACGUUGGUGGCUGCGUUAACGCUGGCCAAGUCAUUAAGAGCGUUGUCGUCUUUUUCUGAAGCUAGAGCAUUGUUGCGCGAGGUCGUGCCGGUCGCGAUGACAUCACUAGGCGGCGACCACGGCGUGACGUUGGAACUCAACUCGAAUUUCGUCCGGGCCAUGUGCAUGGACCUGAACGCGACGGCGGACCAGUUGAAAGCUGCCGUUGAUUUAGCACAUUCCACUCACGAGGCCGCGUUGCGUCGCUACGGCGACGGCCACGAGCUUACUCACUUGUGUCGCGCGUCGUUGGCCGACGCGCGGGUCGUGGCGCAGAACGCGGGGCUAGAGAGGUAACUUACUAGUAGUCUA